AUGACUGUGGGUAUGUUUAUAUUGUCUCAAAAGAAGCGAGAAAGUUUAGCAGCAGUUUUUGUGUUUUUAUGUGUACUUCAAGUUAUCAUUGGUUGUGGAAUGACCGGAUCAUCCUUGUACGUUAUAAUUGCAGUAGCACCAAUUCUACAUGCAGAAAAAUCUGAAGUUAAUUUUGUAUUUGUAGUCACAGGCUUGUAUGGAACACAUGUCAUUUUUCAGUGGAUAAUUGGAAUUAACGUUAGCCAGAGAUGCCUCAAGCAAGCUAGCAGAAAAAGUACAAGCAACCUUUUCAUUCUUUGGACGACUAUGGGUACUAAUACAAUCAUCCAACUCCUUAUUUUAUCCCAUUUUGCGAGGAAAAUGAAUAAAUACAUAUCUCGUUCAAUAAAACAGUCUAUUACAAAUGGUAUGAAUCAAUAUCUUCAAGACAUCACUUGGAAAGAAGUCAUAGAUAAAAUUCAAUAUAACAACGAGUGUUGCGGAUUAGCCUCUUAUGAGGAUUGGCACGAAAUAAAAUGGCUCACAAAGUACCACGUUGACGUUAAGUCUGAAACUAUUAAAGAAUUUAGAACGAGUCCUGACAUAUUGACGCUACCGGUGAUUCCCUGGAGCUGUUGCAAGGUCGAUUUCCCAAUGCAAUGUUUACACGAUCCCGUCCAACAAGCAGAAUAUGCUCAUAUUUGGGUUGACGAACCAAAUAUAGUAACCGAUUCUCUAAAUACCAAAGGAUGUUUAGAUCUUAUAAGAAAACCCAUAGAUGGCACAAUAAAAGCGUUUGUAGUGUCAUCUUCCUUUAUGUGUAUUUUUCAUGUAGUAAUCUUUAUAGUUUCGAGAAUAUUAUACACCUCGGCUAGAAACUCCAUAUUCAUGGGAGAUCCUGGAGGAAUCUCACCUGGAUGGGUAUUUGGAAGAGGCGACUGUGGGUAUUCAGGUGGACAAUCUAUUAUCGAAAUUAUGGAAACUCAUCAAGGUUAUUCAACAGAUGCAGAAACCACCGAAGAUGAAACGGAAGAACCGGCAGAAAAUAAAAAACAAAAAUCGAGUAAAGAUUCAAAAUUUCUAGAAGCGGAUGAAACCAAAAACAAUUUAACAAUACCUAAAGACGAGUCCUUCGUACUAGUACAAAAUGUUAAUGAAAAAAGAUCAGAUAAUAAAGGAUCACAAACCGAAGGUCUGAUUAAAAAACAAAUCCGGAACAGAAAUUAUCAAUAAUCAAAAGAGAAAAUCGGAAACUAAGAUUUUAAAUAAUAAAAAGGAGAAAUCAGAAACAAACAUUACAAAUAAGCAAAACAGAAUAAAAACAAAUUCUAAGGAAAAAAUUAGUGGAGAAGAAACGGGAUCAAAUUCUAUAGCAGAGGAACUGAAAAGAUUGCAGCAAUAA